AUGAACUCAUUAGGUCUACAGACAUAUGUAGAAUUAUUCCACUUUCCAUCGUUGGCUCAGUCAAAUGUUUUCAACUUAACGUUUUUGAAGUCUGAUGCUGCAAAAAGAUCAAAAACUAAUCGAAAAACGUACGACAUACUGGUCGCAUUUUUCCGCCCAGUAAGCGAUCCACUAGCCAGCAAGUAUUCCUUUAGUAUACACCAUUUCGAUGUAGAAGACAAAAUUAUUCAGCCACUAACUAAAACUAUUGAUUUUGCCUAUUUACCAGGUGAUUCAGACAUAGUUUGCAUUAAUGCAUUACAUGAUGAAAUAACUGACGAAUACUUCGUUGCUAUUGGCUUUGUAAAGGAAGGAGAAAAAGGAUAUCUUAAUAUAUACAGAUCAAAGUCAGAAGAAAAGUUACCGGAAAAUUGUUUGAGUUAUUCCAAGUUACCUUGUGCUCCUCUUCAUUUGACUCAUGCACAUUGUCUCGUCAAAGAUGAAGAUCAGUGGGCAUUCUUUUUGUCUUAUGGUGAACCUUUUAGCGAAACUUCCAGUCAACAAAAGCCUUCAAAUCAACCACAAGUCAAAAUAUUCUCUAAACUUAUUGAUACUAAUGUUUUUGAACAGGUUGAAAUUGAUCAAGAUACAAAAAGUUCUGAAUUAAAUCAGUCUCAAAACUGUCAUUCUAGUGCGGCUUAUGGUGAAUUACCAUUUAAUAUUGCUGUGGUACUUUUCCCAGAGCUAACAAAAUUACCGACGACAUUAAUUUUCCUACAUAUGGAUUUUAAAAUUAUAAAUAAUAUACGGUUUUCAGCUUUUGGCUCACAAGAUGGAUGGUUUGGUUUAUUCUCUGUGGAUAUGAAAUCUCGUAGAAUUAUACGACAUUUCCAUUUAUCUCAUGAAUCACCAAUCACAUCCAUUAAAAUAUUUCAACAGUUUAAUGGGUUUGAUUCGUCUUCGGAAGAAGUGAUCAAAGAUAAUGAAAAUGUGUCUAUUCUCAAGAAAGAUGUUAACUGUUUGGUGUGCUCGGCAUUUGAGCCAACUGUUGUUUAUUGUAAUAUCUUCAAAAACAACGGCUUCAGUGUAAAAAAUCAAUUAAUCUUACCAUUUAGCACAGAUUUUGAUCAUGUCAAUUGUGCUUCAGUUGAUGAUUUCAAUUUAGAUGGUAAAAAUGAAAUUAUACUUGGAACUUUUGGACAACGAUUACUUUAUUAUGAAUGGGAAUCGUAUAAUACAGAUUCAAAAAAUGGACAAUUCAUAUUAAAAUUUCAACGUUCACUUCCUGGUCCAGUAUUUUGUAUAUCACCUGCUUUAGAUCUAAUUGGUGAAGGUCCUCUAUCAUUAGCAGUUUUAACUAGUCGUGGACUACAUAUAUUUCAACAUGAUACAUAUUGUUUAAUGAAAGAAAUUCAUCAUAGAUUAGACAAUUAUUCAUUUUUAAUACCUAAUUUGUAA